UACCAUUCCUUAUCGAAGGAUGAGAAGCAAAAGCUGUUGGAAGACUAUUUAGCUCAUGCUGAUAACAAGAAGAAUGGUUUUCGUAUUACAGCCAAGUCCCAAAUCAACGAUGUUACACACACUCUAAAGAUGAUUGAGCAAGAGGUAAGGCAUCAUCCCACACGUAAAUGGCGAUAA